ACACUUGUUUAGUGGCCCUUAAUUAGGCGCUUGCACUAUCAAAGGAAAAAAUUAGGCGCUUGCUUCCCCCGAAAUUAUUGCCACCCCACCUUGGAUCGCGGCCGCCGCGUGCGUGACCGGCAACGUGGGCAGCGGUCGCGGCAGAGACGACCCCCCUCCUCGGUUCCUGCCACCAAAAAACAUUCGAUUCCUCCGCCCCCGCCGGCCGAAGCCGAAUCCAACUCCGACAAAAAUUUCGCCGCCGCCGCAGCCCGGACCGGAGCCCCGACCCCGACGAGCGUUCCAUCCAUGGACUCGCCCCGCGAAUCAGCGAGGGAUUAGCCAGCGUCGCGAUCGCCUCGCCCCGCCCAGACUCCUCGGUGCUGGUUUGUAUCUGAAGGUUUUGGACGGAAUACGAGAUGGGUGUAAUCAGCACAGUGCUUGGUUUCUCUGGAUUUGGCUUUGGGUUUUCGGCUGGUAUUGUUAUUGGGUACUUCCUCUUCAUCUACGUCCAGCCAAAUGAUGUCAAGGAUGUCAAAGUUCGUCCGCUUGUGGAAUAUGAUUCAAAAUCUUUGGAGGCCAUCCUUCCCGAAAUUCCUUUGUGGGUCAAGAAUCCUGACUAUGAUAGAAUUGAUUGGCUGAACAGGUUUUUGGAGUUGAUGUGGCCCUAUCUUAACAAGGCUAUCUGCAGAACUGCACAGGAAGUCGCUAAGCCAAUUAUUGACGAGAAUACUGCAAAAUAUAAGAUAGACUCUGUUGAGUUCGAAACUCUUACUUUGGGUAGCUUACCACCAACCUUUCAAGGGAUGAAAGUAUACGUCACAGAGGAGCAAGAGCUGAUAAUGGAACCAUGUCUUAAAUGGGCUGCAAAUCCAAAUGUCACUGUUGCUGUAAAAGCGUAUGGUUUGAAAGCAACUAUCCAGAUUGUGGAUCUACAAGUCUUUGCUUUACCUCGUAUUACUCUGAAGCCAUUGGUGCCUACAUUUCCUUGCUUUGCUAAAAUCCUUGUCUCUCUCAUGGAGAAGCCACAUGUUGACUUUGGGCUAAAACUUCUUGGAGCAGAUAUAAUGGCUAUUCCUGGUCUUUACAGAUUUGUUCAGGAGACCAUCAAGAAGCAAGUAGCGACCAUGUAUUUGUGGCCAAAGACAUUAGAAGUACCUAUAAUGGAUCCUUCAAAAGCAUCGAAAAAACCUGUUGGAAUUCUACUUGUGAAGGUUGUAAGAGCCCAAAAUCUGCGAAAGAAGGAUCUGCUGGGUAAAUCAGACCCAUAUGUGAAACUUAAGAUGUCAGAUGACAAGCUUCCAUCCAAAAAAACAGCUGUAAAGCGCAGCAAUCUCAAUCCAGAGUGGAAUGAAGAAUUCAAAUUCGUUGUGACAGAUCCAGAAACUCAGGCUCUUGAAAUUAGUGUCUUUGACUGGGAACAGGUUGGAAAACAUGAAAAGAUGGGCAUGAAUAGUGUCCAAUUAAAAGACCUCCCAGCAGAUGAGACUAAAGUUAGUACCCUCGAAUUGCUUAAGACCAUGGAUCCAAAUGAUGUACAAAAUGAGAAGUCUCGUGGUCAGCUUACUCUAGAGCUUACAUACAAGCCUUUCAAGGAAGAAGAUAUGGAGAAAGAAGGCACUGAGGGUACCGAUGUGGUAGAGAAAGCUCCAGAUGGUACUCCAGCUGGUGGUGGUCUGCUUUAUGUUAUUGUUCAUGAAGCUCAAGAUCUUGAGGGGAAGCACCAUACAAACCCAUAUGCGAAAAUAAUUUUCAAAGGCGAGGAGAAGAAAACAAAGGUCAUCAAGAAGAAUAGGGAUCCACGAUGGGAGGAUGAAUUCGAGUUUGUGUGUGAGGAGCCACCUGUAAAUGAUAAACUACAUGUUGAAGUCCUAAGUAAAGCCCCGAAGAAAGGGCUGAUACAUGGCAAGGAAAAUUUGGGCUACAUUGAUAUCAGCCUUGCAGACGUGAUCAGCAACAAGCGGAUUAAUGAGAAGUACCAUCUCAUAGACUCAAAAAAUGGUCAGAUACAAAUUGAGAUGCAAUGGAGAACUUCCUAGACAGCAGAAUGAACUAGAAUGCCUGAAUGUAGUUCAGGAAUUAGACAUGGAUGUUCCUAUACUCAGUUUGCGGAAAUCUGUAAUUGAGCUCUAGUAGAUAUUUCCUCCGUUUCUAGACAUCUGUUGUUGAGAUUUUUUUUUGGUCUUAUUGCUCAAAUUACGAGAAGUACCAUGUAGGUGUGUUAAUGUGUUAUAUUGACCUGGAAACGAACUCGAAUUUAUUCUGUGACUAAUACAGAUCAUACAAGUAUACUCAGCAUUCUAUCA